AUGUCGUUUAACGAUCUCGAAAGCGGCUCGUCUUCUCGGCAAGGUGGCUCUGCAGGUGGAGGAGGUGGGUCUCGCAAAACCCCUUUACCCCUGUACCGCGACGAAGUCUCCCCCUCGUUACCCCCCGAGUUUGAAAAGCUCAGCAACAAGAUUGGCAUCCAAAUUUUUAAGAUCAACUCAAACGUCACAGCUAUUCAAAAGCUUAUCUCGCUGUCGUCUUCCAAUGCAUCGGCCAAGGCAGCAGCACAGGACUGGAGCAAACGCAUCAACGACUUGAUAGAGACAACGCGCGAGCUCGUCAAGGAUGCCACUACCGAUAUCAAGCAGCUUUCGACCUUCCCGCUCAGACCAACCAAUGGCGGUGCCAAGCUCACCCAGGGCAAGCUGCAACGCGACUUCCAAGCUGCUGCGCUGCAAUUCCAACGAGCGCAAAAAGAGGCGGUUGCAAAGACACGCGCCAAACUCGAACAGGAUAAGCAGAAGGAACGGCAGAUGAUCAAAUCGCGCAACUCACAACAGCUUUUGAUCGACACGGAAGAAUCGGAUCGCUCCAAUGCAACAGGUGGGGCCGAAGGUGGUGUCCAAGCCGAGGCGCUCGACUUGUUACCCGAAGGCCCCACUCAGGCAGAUCUGGAAUACCAAGAAUCGCUCAUCACUUCGCGCGAGGCCGAGAUCAGAGAGAUCGAGUCCGGUGUCCAGGAGCUCAACGAGAUCUUUCGCGAUCUAGGCAACAUUGUGCAGGAACAGGGUGGCAUGAUUGACAAUAUCGAGUUCAACAUCAAUUCGAUAGCCGAGAACACGGCAGGCGCAGAUCAAGAAUUGGUGGUGGCGCAUGAGUACCAGAAGAAAGCGGGAAGAAGGUGUAUCAUUCUUCUGUUGAUCGUUGGAUUCGUAGUAUCCGUUGUCUUGCUGGCUCUCCUCAAUUAG